AUGGAUGACCUACCGUAUACUUGUAAUACCUGUCUUGUUGCGUUUCGCCGCAGCGAUGGCCAGCGCGACCAUAUGCGCACAGAUUGGCAUCUGUAUAAUAUGAAGCGCCGUGUGGCUUCUCUGCCCCCUGUUCCCCAGGAAACUUUCAAUGACAAGGUCCUGGCCGCUAAAGCCUCAUCCACUGCCGCCGCCGCCAAGGCAUCCUUCGAGAAAACCUGCCUUGCUUGCCAGAAGACUUUUUACAGCGAGAACUCGUACCAGAACCAUGUGAAGAGCUCGAAACACAAGGCCCGCGAAGUCCGAAUGAACAGGGACCAUGCUGACGACACAUCAUCUGUCAUGAGCUCAACCUUCUCACUUGGUGAACCAAUCAACACAUCUCGUUCUGGAGAGGCAGAUGUUUCUAAGGUUACUGACAGCCUGAAGGAGGCUACUAUUGAAGAGGAGGAAGAGGAGGAAGAGGAAACAACUGGAGAUGACGAGUACUCGUCUUCCCGCUGCCUGUUUUGCAACAUCGAAGCGUCCAGCAUUGAAGAAAACACCGAGCACAUGUUUAAGAGCCACGGCAUGUUCAUUCCUGAAAGGUCAUAUCUUGCGGAUCUAGAAGGCCUAAUUCACUAUCUGUACCGGAAGAUCAACGAGAAUAAUGAAUGCCUCUAUUGUCAUGCCGUUCGAAACAACCCUGCUGGCGCGCGUACCCACAUGCGUGAUAAGGGCCACUGCAUGAUCGCCUUUGAAACCGAGGAGGAGCAGAUCGAGAUUGGCCAGUACUACGAUUUCCGAAGCACAUAUUCCGAUGAUGAAGAUGAGGAUGAGUCCAGUGAACUGGUCGAAGAUGGAGGUGUCAAGGUCUCGGGUUCAGAUGGAGAUGAGGACGGCUGGGAAACGGAAACAUCUGCCUCCUCAUUGGAUGAAGACGAAGCAGACAACAUGAAGAACGCCCCUGUGGUCUACCGAACCGAGUAUGAACUUCACUUGCCCUCUGGUCGCACCGCCGGCCACCGCUCCUUGGCCAAGUACUUCCGCCAGAACCUUCACAACUACCCCAGUGUCCAGGAACGCGUCGAGCGUCAACUUGCAAUCGCCAAUGGCGAGAUAGAGGAGGAACAAAAACCUCGCGGUCGCAACCUCAACCGUGCUGUCGUCAGCCGUGCCAACGGCGGUACGGGCAUGAUUGGCGUUACGGGCGACCAAAAGCGGGUGGUCGUCGAGACCGAGCGCAAGGAGCGCACUCGUGCCAUUCGACAAGAACAAAGAUACACAGCUCGUGUCCAACGGGCAGCCAACAACCAAAAGCACUUCAGGGUAAGAAUUUUUGUCUUCUGUCUUUCUCUAAACAUGACUAACAAUCCUUCCAGGAUCCCCUCCUCCAGUGAUUUUCUUCCCCUUCUUUUUCCCUUGCAUGCAUACGAUCCUAUCUACAUUGCGACUUUGGUGAUGAGUUUUUACGAGGUUUUCUCAAAUCAUUUUCUCCUGGCUUUUUUUUUUUUCCCCGUUUGCCAUUCACAAUCAAAUCAUGGUUAG